CAGGCCACUAAGCUAAGCCCAAUCCACCUGUUCUCGGGUCUCGGCCAUGGAGGCCGCAAGCAAGCAGGAGGCGGCGGGGAGAAGCGGAGGCGGCGCAGGAGAUGGCGACGGAGACGACGAGGCGAAGAGGAAGGAGGAGGCGCUUGCAUCCAGCAGGCUCCUCGACCCGGGAUUCAAGCCCUCCAAGCUAUCCCAGGACCGGCUCGACAAGUUUAAGGAAUUACACAAGAAACGGUUACAGAUAACCGAAAAGCCAAAGUAUAAAAGAAAACCGAAAGGAACCACUGGGAGAAGUACCAAAGUAACCAACGAUUAUAAAUUCAUCGACAAGGAUGAAUCCGCUGCUAGUUCUCCAAGAGAUGUAUACCAUACUUCGUCAGUUACAGUAAUCCAAGAGGAUCCUGCACAACCCCUGUCAAGGGACAAAAGGAAGCUACAUUGGGGGCUUGAUAUUAAAGAACGAUGGGAAAGGAAGGCAAACAUGUAAAUAUCUGAAGAUCUAACAGCAAGAGCAUGUCCAUGCUGCAUUUGAGUGAAAGCAGAAUGACAAAAGGAAAUGGCAGACGAUUUCCACGGAUCAUCAGGUUGUUGGUCAGGUUCACGUUUCUGUCAGCAGGCAGAACACUGGAGCUGGAGGUCUGGAGCAAAAACAAAGAUGUCAGAACUGAGCAGCAAGUUAGUAUCAGAUUUUCUUGGUUUUGCCUAAUGUUUUCUCCAGAAGCUUUAGCUAGACUUUGCUCUGUUUCACUGUCUGAUUUAAGCUUUCGAGUGCCAGGAUAGUGUUUAUCGCGUUUACUUCCUGUGUGACAGUUUGUUUAUCGCUUCCACUUCCUGUGAAAAGCAUUGAUGGUACAACAGAGGCCCACGUAUAUUUGAACGGUUCAAGAUCCCUGCAACCUUUUGCAAGGCCGAGCAGGCUAGCGUUGCUUUGGGCCUUUUCCCCUUGCAACUACUAUUAUGUUUAUCACAAAUGCUGUCGUCGAGAAGUAUGA